GUCGAAGCACCAAGUAGUCGUGGCGAUUUAUGGCUGACGGGACAAAAACCAACUCUCGAUUGUCAGUUAUAGUCCGGAAUUUUUAUACUUCACACACGACCCGGUUCGUUUCGAUUCGAUUCGAUUCCAAAAUAUAAAACACUAACACAUUUUGGUAUUCGAUUCGAGAGUCUUUUGUUUUGUAAAAUCGGAAUCCAAAGACGCGCAUGGAACCGCGAGUGAAACGUUCAAAUUUUCAAGUGGCGCCAGCUGAUCCGACACCGAAUCGGUAUAAAUCGGGAUUGGGAAACCAAAACCAAAGCCAAACCAUUCAAGGACUAUUUCCGGACAAGUUAGUGGAGACUAGCGAGUGCCAGAAUUGGGAAUCGGGAUCAGAACAGGAUCAGAUAGAAAAGGAUUAUCGCGAGGCAUUUUAUUUUACACGUUUCGUUUUGUGUGUUCCAUAGUCAAUGUGCUGAACUGCCUCAGGCCCGCUCAUCACAUUAACUGCAGUUUAAGAUUCGCGUUACGUUCUUUGAUUAUAUAUAUAUUUUGUAUCCAUAUUGUGCAAAUUGCCAGUUGACUUUCAAUCACAAAUUCAUCCAUCCAGCUAACCCCUAGUUAGCCACCAUCCCACCGAAUCCUCUUUCGGUCGGGCUGUACAUUUUUCGAGUUCGGGCACCCGGCGGUGUGUCCCAAGUGCAGCCACCUCCAGGAAUAAAAAGCAGUUGCAGCAUCCCAAUCUCCAUCCCAGCCAGCAGGAGGUGCAGGUUCAAAUCCAGUUUCCGGGACCCAAGAAAAGGUCAGGCGGAAGGAUAAUUUCAAGGAUCCAAUGGCCAGCCAAACCAGCGGUACCGCCCACGAGCGACGCAUUCACGAGCUGGACCAAAAUGUGGAGCGCAACUUCGAUAUCCGAAAGCGCUUGGGCAAGGGUGCCUAUGGCAUCGUUUGGAAGGCCACUGACAAAAGGCAUAACGAGACGGUGGCCCUAAAGAAGAUCUUUGAUGCGUUCCGGGAUGAUACCGAUGCCCAGCGCACCUACCGCGAGGUGAUAUUCCUGCGCGCCUUUCGUCACCAUCCCAACAUUAUCCGGCUGAUGGAUGUGUGCAAGGCUGCCAACAAUUUAGACUUUUAUUUGGUGUUCGAGUUCAUGGAGAGCGACCUGCACAACGUGAUCAAGAAGGGCGAUGUCCUCAAGGACAUUCACAAGCGGUUCGUCAUGUACCAGCUGAUCAAUGCCAUCAAGUACAUGCACUCGGGCAACGUCAUCCACAGGGACCUCAAGCCCAGUAACAUCCUGAUCGAUAGCAAAUGCAGGUGAACUCAAGUGGCCGACUUUGGGCUGGCUCGCACUCUCUCCACGAAGCGGAAAUCCGACUAUGAUGAUUUCGAGGACGACGCCAUGCUGACGGACUAUGUGGCCACGCGUUGGUAUCGGGCCCCUGAAAUUCUGGUGGCCAGUCGCAGUUAUACCAAAGGCAUUGACAUGUGGGGCUUGGGCUGCAUCCUGGGCGAGAUGAUAAGACAGAAGCCACUGUUCCAGGGCACUAGCACUGUCAAUCAGAUAGAGAAAAUCGUGGCUGCCCUGCCGGCAGUGACCCAGCAGGACAUCGAGUCGAUCGGACUCACCUUCGGGAGUGUGCUGCUGUGCAAGAAGGUGCAUCGCGACCGCCGCCACUCGCUGGACGAGAUGCUGCGCAGCUGCUCCGACGACGCCAUCUCGCUGGUGAAGUGCCUCCUGGUGUUGGAUCCACACGGCCGGCUGACGGCCAAGGCGGCCCUCAAGCAUCCGUAUGUGAGCCGCUUCCGGACGGCCUCGGCGGAAAUGGAGCUGCGGGUGGACAUCCGUCCGCCGCUGAAGGACGAUGUGCGGUACCAGGUGGACAAGUACCGGAGCACUCUGUACGACAUGAUUGGCCUGGGGUCGCGAGGAAGUGCCCGGACGGUCAGCAAUGCCACGCCUUCGAGCAAUCGAGAGACCUCCGCCUCCACAACGACGACGACUACCACGACGACGAAGACGACGACGACCAAACCCCAGCGAUCCAUGUCAAGGACCAGGCGCGCCAACUCCUCAACUGCUACCAUCACCACCACAAACACUUCCACAUCCACAUCCAAUUUGCGGCAUCAGGAAGCCUCCAAGGAGCGCCUCCAGACCAUCACAGCGCAGGCGGCCCCGUUGAAGGAGCGACUGCAUCGCUCUCGGCACCGACAGCCGCAUCCCAGGCGCCUCAAUCAUCGCCAGAGCCAAUAGGACACCCCCCUAUCAUCCUGGCAGUAUGCCUUUCCCU